UAUUUUGCGAUCCCACCGAGGAAGAAGAAGAAGAGAGAGAGAGAGAGAGAGAGAGAGAGAGAGAGAGUGUGUAGAGAGGGAGGAGAGAGAUCGAUAAUGGCGGAGGAGGGAGCCGUGAUCGCAUGCCACGCCGUGGAGGAGUGGAGUCGCCAACUCCAACAGGCGAAUGAGUCGAAGAAGCUGGUUGUCGUUGACUUCACUGCUUCGUGGUGUGGCCCUUGCCGUAUGAUUGCUCCUGUUUUUGCUGAAUUUGCCAAGAAGUACCCUGGAGUUGUUUUCCUGAAGGUGGAUGUUGAUGAAUUGAAGGGCGUCGCACGUGAGUGGGAGGUCGAGGCGAUGCCGACCUUUGUUUUUCUCAAGGAAGGGAAAGCCGUGGAUAAGCUCGUCGGUGCUGUGAAAGACGAGCUGCAGAAGAAGAUUGAGCUGCUCAAGUCAAACUAAGCGCGACUAGUCGCUCACAUAUCAUCAGCUUAACUUAUGCUAUAUAGAUAUUAGGUAAAAUGUGUUUGCAGUUAAGAACUGAAUUUGAGACUUGUUUAGUUAGUAACUGUGUUAUCUGGAUAUAUUGCUGCAGUGUUGCUGGUUUGUUUGUGGACAUAUGCUUAUCGCUCUUGUUUGAAA